CCCUAUGCAGCUCUCAAAUCACCAACAUUAGGAGAGAAAAAAACAAAAAAAAAACAAAACAAAAAUGUGCCAAAGUAGUGUUGCUUUCUCAACCCUCCUUACCAUUUUCUUCCUCUUAUUUCCUCUAAUCAUACAAGCAAAACAUGAAAAUUUUGCCCGUCUUCCACCGGGAAAACUUGUGUUUCCUCCCCACACCCGAUCCGAAUCCGAGCCUCAACAGGUACACAUUUCACUCGUGGGAAAAGACGGCAUGAGAGUUUCAUGGGUUACGGAACACAAACACACAAAAUCAACCGUGGAAUACGGGACAACGCCGGGGAAAUACAAUGCCGCCGCCACCGGAGAACAUGCGUCGUACCAAUACUUCUUCUAUAAAUCCGGCACGAUCCACCACGUUACUAUAGGGCCGUUGGAGCCCGGCACCACCUACUAUUACCGGUGUGGAGGUUCGGGUCCCGAGUUCAGCUUCCGAACGCCUCCCUCGUCGUUUCCCGUCGAAUUUGUGGUGGUUGGAGACCUUGGGCAAACCGAAUGGACCAAAUCAACCCUAAAACACGUCGAGAGCAAGGACUACGACAUUUUCCUACUCCCCGGCGACCUAUCAUACGCCGACACCCACCAGCCAUUGUGGGACUCCUUCGGCCGCCUCGUGGAGCCCUACGCUAGCCGGCGGCCGUGGAUGGUCACCGAGGGAAACCACGAGGUGGAGCCCAUCCCCGUCAUCGCCUCCGACGGCUUCAGGGCCUACAACGCCCGGUGGCGGAUGCCCUACGAGCAAAGCAACUCGACCUCAAACUUGUACUACUCGUUUGAGGUCGCGGGUGCUCAUGUGGUAAUGCUCGGUUCAUACACAGAUUUCCACUUCCAAUCCGAUCAGCACAAGUGGCUCAAGGCCGACUUGAUGGGCGUCGACCGGAGGAGGACGCCGUGGGUGUUCGUGUUGGUCCACGCGCCGUGGUACAACACGAACGAGGCGCACCAAGGGGAAGGGGAGAGCAUGAGGCAGGCCAUGGAGGAGUUGGUGUAUGAGGCCAAGGUUGAUGCGGUUUUCGCAGGGCAUGUUCAUGCAUAUGAGCGUUUUACUAGGAUCUACAACAAAAAGGCUGACCCUUGUGGUCCGGUUUACGUGACUAUUGGUGACGGAGGGAACAGAGAGGGACUUGCAUUAGCGUUCCAAGAUCCACCUUCUCCAUUAUCAUUGUUCAGAGAGCCAAGCUUCGGACAUGGACGGCUGAGAGUGGUGAACGAGACACAUGCACAUUGGUCAUGGCACCGCAACAAUGACUCGGACGCAGUGGAGGCAGAUCAACUGUGGUUAGAAAGUUUAAUUAGUGCCAAUAGAAAAUGUUGGGAAAUUAUAAGUUCCAAACCAUCAUCAUCCGAUGUCAAUGAUGAUCUAUAG